UUCUACGAAAUCACCUUAUCUUACAAUAGAUAGCGUUUCGCGCGCACAUGGCACAUGAUCCGCUCGCUGGCACGGGCGGUCAGGUCGCUGUACAGUGCUCCGGGGAGCUCAUCGAGAAUGAACGGGAAUCCGUUGGAGAACGCCAAGAAAAAUGCGGCUUACAAAGCCGUCAACGAAUACGUCCAGAACAACACCGCCGUCGGGAUCGGCAGCGGGUCCACCGUCGUUUACGCCGUUCAGAGACUUGCCGAACGUGUUAAAGAAGAAGGUCUCAGUGUUAUCUGCGUUCCCACAUCGUUUCAAGCCCGUCAACUUAUACUAGAUAAUCAUUUAACCUUGGGUGACUUGGAAACUCAUCCGCAGCUGGAUUGCGCAAUUGAUGGAGCGGAUGAAGUCGAUGCCAACCUGAACCUCAUCAAAGGUGGAGGAGGGUGUUUGUUGCAAGAAAAAAUUGUCGCUUCCUGUGCCAAGCGGCUUAUUAUCAUAGCAGACUAUACAAAAAUUUCACAAAGGCUUGGCGAGCAUUACAAGAAGGGGAUUCCUAUCGAAGUGAUUCCUAUGGCGUAUGUACCAGUUCAGCGUAGAAUUGAAAACAGCUAUGGGGGAACUGUUAAGAUCAGAAUGGCAGUCGCGAAAGCUGGUCCAGUAGUGACAGACAAUGGUAACUUUAUUCUGGAUUGGCAUUUUCCUCAAGACCUAACGUGCUUGGACAAAACUAACAAUGAAAUAUCUUUGAUACCCGGAGUCGUAGAGACUGGUUUAUUCUUGAAUAUGGCUGAGAAAGUUUUCUUUGGUAUGUUGGACGGCAGUAUAAAGGAGCAAAAGUAAAUUGAACUUUCUGAAAUUGAAUGGAAAGCGUUAAUGCGCGUGAAUUACGUUGUUGAGCGCAACUGUCCGAUAACCUAUGGAUAAUACUGUCAGAUCAAGAUUCUAGAUAACCCGUUUUUGCGACCUUGCUUUUCAUUUUGCGUCAGAAUGAAAUCACUUUAUCAUUGCAGUUUUUUUAUACAUUUUUUACAUUCCCGUUUGCUAUGUAUGCAAUAUAUAUACGUAUAUAUACACAUUUAUACGCUUUUUUACUUACUAUUAUAUAAAACUUAUAAUUUAGUUAAAGUGUAAAUAGUAAGUGAAUUUUUACAUGUGAAAUGUACAAUACAAAGCGUUCAUCUCGAAGUACAGCCAUAAAAAUAAAUAUAUAAAUAUGUACAAAUAAGAAUUAUACAAAUAAAAAACCUUAUUUAGAUU